GGUCUAGCGGGAGGCAAGAUGUCUUCCUCGGAAGAGGACAGCAAGAUAGAUUUGUUGGAUAGUCCGGCUGCUGUUAAGAAGAAGCUGAAGAAGGCAUUCUGUGAGCCUGGCAACGUGGACGAUAACGGGGUACUGGCAUUCGCAAAGCAUGUUGUCUUCAGUCUCUUCAAGUCUGGCCAGAAGUUCGAGAUCCACCGCGACGAUAAGAACGGAGGCAAUUUGUCGUUUGCGACUUACGACGAACUGGCCGCUUGCUUUGCGACGUCGCAACUGCAUCCGGCCGAUUUGAAAGCGGCAACCGAACGAUACAUCAACGAUUUGUUGGAGCCGAUACGUCGAACUUUCGAGGCACCCGAACUGAAGGCCUUGGCUGCGUCCGCCUAUCCGCCACCGGCAGGCAAGAAACAGCAACCUGCUCAGGCCAAACAAGGCGGGGGUGGUGGCACGGCUACGAACGACGCCAUAGAUCCCAGCCGAUUGGACGUGAGAGUUGGCAAAAUUGUUAAAGUCGACAAACAUCCUGAUGCAGAUGCUCUCUACGUAGAACACAUCGAUCUAGGUGAAGAGGAGCCGCGUACUAUAGUGAGUGGCCUGGUGAAGUAUGUGCCCAUAGAAGAGAUGCAGGAUAGAAUGGUGGUCGUGCUAUGCAAUUUGAAACCGGCCAAAAUGCGGGGAGUCGAAUCGCAGGGAAUGGUGCUCUGCGCCUCUGUUGAGGAGGGUGACACCAAGUGUGUGGAGCCUCUUCUACCUCCCGCUGGGAGCGCUGCCGGCGACAGGGUGCAUGUAGAUGGCUACGAAAGUUCGCGACAACCAGAUGCUGUACUCAACCCUAAGAAGAAGAUAUGGGAACAGUUGCAGGUCGACCUGAAAACAUCGUCCAGUUGCGAGGCGCAAUGGAAGGGAAGCAGCUUGCAAACUAAACUCGGAAAAGUAACCUGUAAAUCUAUGAAAAAUGCUCCAAUCAAGUGAAUUUGCAUAACAAAAUUCUACAGGUUUAAUCAUAUGAAAAUCUAUGAAAAAUGCUCCAAUCAAGUGAAUUUGCACUGCAAAAUUCUGCAGGUCUAAUUAUCAUUUAAUUUUUUUGACGGUCGCUUAUGGUGGCGGCUUGUAAUACAAAAUGCCACGACUUUUUAUUUUUCAGAACAAAAUAAUUCUAUUUCUCCAGUUGCACUCUGCGACUUCACUUGGUACACUGAAAACUGUCUACAUUCAAAGUUGUAUAGUAGAAUAAAAUGUAUUGAGAUUUAGGCCUACUUCUAACUGUCAUUAUUCCUUGAAAAUUAUUUAUUUAUUUAUACAUUAAUGAAUACCAUAUCAUUCUCAACUAUGAAUGAUUGGGGAAGGAACAACAGGCUUAAAGCCUAAAACUGUUACUUUCCCAAAUUUGGUUAGAAAUUGACCAAAAAUAGGUUAUGUUCAUCACUUCAUAUUAUGAAUACUAUCUAUUGAAAGUAUUUUAAUAGGGCUAAUUGAGUUGUUUAUUAUAGAAAUUACUAUUAUCGUACUAUUUAUACUUCUUUAAAUUAUAAGCACAACUAUUCUUGAACUAGAAACUAGUUGUGCUUAUAUUUAGGGCCGGUUUCCGAGCUCGGGAUUUAGGUAAGUUCUAGACUUUAAACAGCUGGAGUCAGAAAAUUGGCUUUCCAAAACGGGGCGUAGUCGCAGUAAAUAGUUGCAGCAAAAUAAAUCUUUAUUUUCUCAUUUCUAUAAUUGAAAACGUUUUUCCUUGACGAAAUGAAACAUUCCUAAUUAAUUCAAAAUAGCUGAAAAUUUACAAUAUUUUCUCUCUAUUUUAUAGUUUUUCGAAAUUCAAUUUAAACGUGACUUUGACAAUGACUACGACUACGCCACGUUUUGGAAAGCCAAUUUUCUGACUCCAGCUGUUUAAAGUCUAGAACUUAGCUAAAUCCCGAGCUCGGAAACCGGGCCUUAAUGUUGUGUUUUAAAGUACGAAGAGGGUAAUAUAGUAAUUAAAUCAAAUCAAAUUAUUUAUUGUCACACAACAUUAAAAUGUUACAACAACGUCAUUAAUAACACAGAGAACAUCAAUUUAAAAAAGAAAUCUUCAACUUUAUAUAAACAUUCAUUGACCAGUACUUUUUUCAAAUAUUUACAGUAACUAUUAAAGCUCAUUCUUUUGAUAUUUUCAGGCAAAGCGUUAUAAAGUUUUAUUGACAUGUAUUGCCAGUUUUUUUGAGAACUUGUAAAUUGGUAAUACUCGACUCUUAUAUUAUUCCUAUGUCUAGUGUUAUGUUGGUGUAUCCUAGAGUUAACAUCAUAUUCAUUCUAUAAUAAUCUAUAAUAAUUGAACGUGAAUAUUAUAUUUUCUACAGGGCUAGUAGAUAUUUUUAUUAUUUAUAGAAUUUCUAGUGUCCAUUUAUUUUAUUUGCUUGUCUUUGGACGUGUCAGCUAAGAAAAUUGAAAUAUACUAGGGAUUCUACAUAAUACUCCAGAUAAAACUUGAAUGGGAAGUAUUCCAUUUUAAAUUUGAUGACAGUUUGAUGUCAAUCUCUGUUUUCAAUAUUAUUUCUGAGAUCUGUUUCAUUUUUUAUAUACACAGUUUUUUUAUUUCUGAGAUCUGUUUCAUUUUUCAUUAUAUUAUUCAUGAAUUUUGUCAUUGAUCAACUGAAAAAUAAGCAAUAAUGUUAUAUCGGGUAUGUUGUGAUAUUUGAAAGAAAUGAAAUAGAUGAAUUUCGAACUGCUAA